CACAGUUCUCAAAUGCAUCGUCAGCUAUAUCUCUUCUAUCUAAAGUUGAAACCCAGCCUGAGAGUUCAAUAUCCCGUCGUUGUUCACCAAAAGCUCUCCGUUAACCUCCUUAUUUAUCACCAUCGAUUUGACCCAAAUUACCAGUUUUCUAUUUAUACCUCCCUGCGCCGUGAGUCGUAGCUGUUUCACUUCACGCACCAGCAUUUAUUAUAUUCCAUAUAUAAGAGUAUCGUUAGCAUCAGAAAACAAAAGAAUAUAUAGCCGAGGGGAGGAAUAUAUCGUCUUCUUCUUCUGCCUCUUUGGGGAUAAACAUUUAUUACUAUUGUUUUGUGAGUAUCACUAUACGGAAUGUUGGUCACCAGCUACAGUGAGAGCGAAAUUAAUUAAGAUCUCUUCUCUUCUCUCUCUCUCAUUCAGUUCUGAUGAUGGAGAGGAUUCAAGGACCCAUCAAUCCCUGUUUCUUUGGUGAGCAUUUGGAAGUAAAUUGUUUCGAACAAGGCUUCAUCAACGCAGAGGAUGAGGAACAACCUUAUAUAUCGAGCUUAGAGGAUGAAAAGAUGCCGUUUCUGCAGAUGUUGCAGAGUGUGGAAUCUCCACAGCAGUUUUUCCCAUUCGCAGAGGCAAAUUUUCAAACACUUUUGAGGCUACAGAACCUGAAGAAACAACCAGCAUGGGAAGAAAAAGCUCACAUACCCAGGUUGGAGACCCAACUCCAUGCCAAAGAACUUGAAAGCUGCGUCACACACGACGUUGUCGAGAUCCCCUCGCCAGUGAAAUCCGAAAACAACGAAGAAUCUCAUCUUCUUCCUCGUUCAGCCACAAUGGUUCAGAAAGAACCCACCAAUCAAGCUGAAAAUUCUAGCAGAGACCCCAAACGGAGAAAGCGAAAGAGAACGAGACCUGUGAAGAACAAGGAAGAAGUGGAGAACCAGAGGAUGACCCACAUUGCUGUCGAACGGAACCGGCGACGCCAGAUGAACGACCAUCUCAGUGUUCUAAGGACACUCAUGCCUCCUUCCUAUAUUCAAAGGGGUGACCAAGCGUCUAUCAUCGGAGGUGCAAUUGAUUUCGUGAAGGAAUUGGAGCAACUACUUCAAACUCUCGAGGCACAGAAGAGGAUUAGAAAGAACGAAGAGAUUGGAUCUCCUUAUGGAGAGACUGUGAAACCAUCGACGCUUAGCUACGAAGAAGGAGAAGUAGAGUGUAAUACUGGGGGCGAAGAAGAAGAGGUGAAGGAAGCAGAGAUCAUAGAGGUGAUGGUGAUUCAGACGCAUGUGAAUUUGAAGAUUCGAUGCACAAAGAAACAGGGGCAAUUGGUGAGAGCCAUUGUUGGGUUGGAAGAUCUUAGGCUCAGCAUUCUGCAUCUCAACAUCACCUCCUCGCUGGGAUCGGUACUUUACUGUUUCAAUCUCAAGAUAGAAGAAGAGUGCAGGGUAGGGACGUCGGCGAAUGAAAUAGCAGAAGCGGUCCGGCAUAUAUUCAGACCCAUUGGUAAUCAGUAGCAAGACAGACACGGAGGGCACUGAGGUUGACGAUGAGAGAGAGAGAGAGAGAGAGAACAAGAAUAAAAGGACGACGAAGAAGAAGACGAGGAGGAGGAGGAAGAAGGAGAAGGAGAAGGCACGCCUUGGAAGGGAAACGGGGAACACAGGGCACUCAAAAUCUUGUCUGCUUUUAUGCAUGUGAGUUGUAUUUAUCUGGGCGUGUUCUUCACUCUAAUCACUCCAAGAACCAGCACAGCUCAAUCAUAUGCAUAUCAUAUAUAAUCCCCUUUCUCACUCUUGUUUGGUGUCCUUUUUGGAUGGAUAAGA